AUGUUAUUGAGUCGUAAUUCAUCGGUUACUUCCCAUGAAGAUACUGCAAGUGCUUUUGCCCCUACAAAUAAUACCAAUCUUAACAACGAUCCCUCACACGAUCACAUCAUGUCUUAUGACCAUCAUCACCACCAUCAUCAUCACCAUCAUCUGGCCUUACGUAGAGAAAACAAUUUUAAAUGUGAUAAAUGCAAAAAAAUUAAAAAAAAUCUUUCAAAAAAAUUAAACAAUGAUCGGGUGAAUCUAAAUGUUAAUAGUGAUGAUGAAGAGCAUAGUGAUGAUAUUGAUCAUAAUGAUGAUCAUGAUGAUGAGGAUGAUGGUGUUGCCCAUGAUCGUCCCAAUGAUAAUGUUGUUCGUGCUCACGAUGACAUUGAUGAUGAGGAAGAUGAUGCCGAUAUUGGCAUUGAUGAUGACAUGGACGAUGACAUUGAUAAUGAUGAUGUGGAUUUAGUGCGCGACGACGAUGAUGAUGACAUGGAUAUGGAUAGUGCUUCUUCACGUCUGCCGAAAGUUGAUAGUGUCACGGCUACUCCGACGACGACACUGUUAAAGGAUAACAAUACAAAACCCAUAUUAAAAUUUAGUGUUUCUGCGAUAUUGGGUGACACCCGUGAGGGUGUAAGAGUUCGUAAUGAAUUUAUGCAACCACAACAUAUCUGGCCUUAUUUACAACAAAACUUCAUACACCAUCCACACUUUCCGCAUCCAGCAUUUCUAACGCAACAUCACAAUGGCAAUAGUUGUCAACCGCAAACCACAUCAUCGUCGUCACCUGGCAGUACGAUUAGUGAUAGCGACAAUCACUCUACCUGCACCACAAACAGCAUCAGCACAAAUACGAGUUGUAACAAUAAUGGCAACCAUUCCAGCAGCAACAAUAGCAACAGCAAUUUACAUGCAAAUAACAACAAUGACAAGGAUAACAAUGAAGAGGAUAACAAUCGAAGACAUACAAUGCCAACGGGUCAAGAAAAAGCAACAACGCCUUUGCAACAUCCUGGCAGUGGAGGUGGUGGCGGCGGCAUUGGAGGCGGAGGUGCUCAUCUACACGCACAACAACCACAACAUCCGCAAGCUGUUAUUGCCAAACCCCUGCCCAGUCGACCCACACCAUUCCUGCCUCACAGUCUCCAACAUCCACAUUUGCAUUCACUGUUGGCACACUGUAGAAAUCCCUACAUGAGUGUUGGUGCACAAGUGUUUCCCCUGCCUCCCGGCCAAGGCUUCCCUUGGGCACAUUCAACACGUGGUAAACCACGUAGGGGUAUGAUGCGUCGUGCUGUGUUUUCUGACUCACAGCGCAAGGGUUUGGAGAAACGUUUUCAACAGCAAAAAUAUAUUAGUAAACCGGAUCGUAAGAAGUUGGCAGAACGUUUGGGUCUUAAAGAUUCUCAGGUCAAAAUAUGGUUUCAAAAUCGUCGCAUGAAAUGGCGCAACUCUAAGGAACGUGAACUCUUAGCCAGUGGUGGCUCCAGAGAUCAAACGUUGCCCAAUAAAAAUAAUCCCAAUCCGGAUUUAUCUGAUGCCAAAGGCGAUCGUCCUCUAACACCGCUAUCACCCAUGGCCAUGUCACCACAACGUCGCAGUGUCUCGCCUCCCAAUUCACCCAAUUCCAAAGAAGACUUAAGCAAUUCAGCUGCCAGCACCCCUAAGCCAAUGAUUUCACCCAAAACUCCCAACUCGCUGCAAUCGCCACCCAUUAUGCAUCAUAUACCGCAGCCAGUUACCAGUAUUGGCUCCUCUUUCGGCAGCUCACAACAAAUGCAAAUUUCUUCACCUCCCCCUCUGCUAACGGUAGCCAAACUGCCAAUACAACAUGAUCAAUCAUCCACAUCAUCGACGGCCUCAUCACCGCCCAACAAUUGUGCUGGUGGUGGUGGUGGCAUGAUGCCCAUGACCAGUGCCGAGUUUCAAGCGAAAAUCAAUGCUGAAAUGCAUAAACAUUUGGUGGCAGCUGAUUUGAAAUUCAAAUUGGAAACCACCUUAAAUGAAGCCAAACAAAGACGCAUGACCAUGUUGAAUAUCAGUGCUGGUGGUAUGGUGGGCCCCGAAUCCUUGCAUCCAAUGGCUUUGCAUCCGGGACAUCCGGCAAAUAACAUUUUCAUUACAAAUGCCAUGCAACAUCAUCUGCAGCAACAACAGCAGCAGCACCAACAACAACAAGCGGCUAUGGCUCAUCAACAACACCAACAACAGCAGCAGCAACAACAACAGCAAGCACCCCAGCAUACAUUAAAUGGACCCCCACAAAAUCAACAAUUUCAAAAUCCCGAUUUUAUGAAAAUGUACUACGAUGACUAUGAUGAAUCGAAUUCAGACAGUGACGAGGAAAUCAGUGUAACGUGACCGCCUUAAGAGGUCUUUGUUUUGUGCUAAACAA